AUGUCUUGCAAUUAUUCAGAUUACACCGUAGAUCAAUAUUUUUCACAAAGGCUAUCUUUAUGCGUACUCGAUACAAUUCGUGUUUUCCAAAGUGAUCCAUAUUUCAAAGAUGGUGUGAAUCUUUGCUUUAUUAUUGAAUCAAUAAGAAAUCGUUCGUUUAUUGAUGGAGACAUAGAAUCUCAAGUUUUGGCAGCUAUACAACAUUUAGAAUCAAUAGGAUUUAUUAUGCAAGGACCAAAGGGUUUUCGAACAUUAGGACCAUUUGCAAAAUUAAGUUUAGCAAAAACACAAAAACAA